CGGUUCCAGGGUUGGCGGGAAUUCUUGGAGCGCGGGUUAUUCAGAUUUUAGGAGGAAAAUCGAGUUGAAACAUUUUAGUCGGAAAUUAGCUUGCAACACCUAAGGUUGCUUCUGUCCUAUGUCGUUACUACUUUGAAGAGUGCACUGUAUGGACCUGAACAUGAUGAACUGUGAACUACUAGCAACGUGCAGUGCUUUGGGGUACCUGGAAGGGGACAGUUAUCACAAAGAGCCUGAUUGCUUAGAGGGUGUCAAAGACCUAAUCAGGUACUUAAGACACGAAGAUGAGACAAGAGACAUUCGGCAGCAACUGGGAGCUGCACAGAUUCUACAAAAAGAUUUACUGCCCAUUAUCACACAGUAUCCUCAGGAGAAGGUGCUGUAUGAAGCAGUUAUCAGAUUAUUGGUAAAUCUAACACAGCCAGCACUUCUGUGUUUUGGGAAGGUUCCUGACAACCCUACCUUCAGACAUCACUUUAUGCAAGUGGUUUCAUAUCUGCAGGGCUACAAAGAGGCUUUUGCAGAUGAAAAGGUGUUUGGAGUGCUCAGUGAAAAACUCUAUGAUCUCUUACAGCUGGAUUGGGAGCAGAGGCAGGAGGAGGAUAACCUACUGAUUGAAAGGAUCCUGUUGCUGGUUCGAAAUGUUCUACAUGUACCCCCUGAACCUGAGGAGGAGAAGAAUAUUGCUGAUGAUGCCAACGUGCAUGACAAGGUGUUGUGGGCAAUGCACAUGAGUGGGAUGGAUGAUCUCAUUAAGUUUCUGGCAACUUCCCAGGAGGAGCAACAGUGGGCCAUGCACAUUCUGGAAAUAAUCUCCCUCAUGUUCAGAGAUCAGAAACCUGACCAACUUGCCAUGACAGGGCAAGCAAAAACUACGGAGCAGAAAGAGAAGGAUUCCAGAGAGCUUGAAAUCUUAAAGCAGAGAGAGUUAGCCACAAAGAAGCAAAGAACCUUUGAAAGAGGAACCAGGCAUUCUCGUUUUGGCGGUACAUAUCUCAUACAAGGCUUGAAGUCAAUUGCAGACAGAGAUGUUGUUUGCCACUUGGGUAUCCACAAAUUGAAAAAUUACAGCCAUGACACUGGCAAGAACAUUAACAGAGUGCCAAAAAGAAAACAAGCAGCAAAAGAGGUGGAGAAGAAACACCGCUCUGCUAUGAAUGUCAGACUGUUCCUGAACGAAUUCUGUCUUGAUUUCUUAGAAAACUGUUACAACCGACUCAUGUAUGUAGUAAAGGACAACCUUAUUCGUGAGAAGGCGCAACAGUUUGAUGAGACCUACUACCUCUGGGCAGUGUCAUUCUUCAUGGAGUUCAACCGGGUGUACCAGUUCCGUCCUGAGCUAGUGUCAGAAACUGUCAGCAUUCGAGCAUUUCAUUUUGUGGAACGAAAUAUUACUAACUACUAUGAAAUGAUGCUGACUGACAAGACAGCAGCUGGUUCCUGGUCGAGACGAAUGCAUCUCGCGCUGAAAGCUUACCAAGAACUGCUCAAUACAAUCAACGAAAUGGAUCACUCCAAGGAUGAAAAUCUGAGAGAGAGUGCCAGAGUUAUCAAAUGUAAUAUCUUCUAUGUUAUGGAAUUCCGAGAGUUAUUCUUAACAUUGUUCCGAAAAUACGAUGCAACCAAGCAGCCCAAGUCGUUCCUGAAGGAUCUCAUUGAAACAACCCACCUUUUCAUCCGGAUGAUUGAGAAAUUCUGUAAAGGCAGAAGUAACCUUUUUGUGCAGAAAAAGAAGCUCAAAAGGAAGAAACCAAAAUCCAAGAAGCUUGCUUCUACUUCAUCAGAAAAAUCCCAAGAAGAACUCGAGGAAAUCUGGAAACUGACACUGGAGCAGCUCGACAAGAGUGCAGAGGGUCAAGAGCCUCUCCCUGACGAUGUUGUUCCAUUUGAUGCUACUUUGGAAAUCCCUGUGGAAGAGCAGCGUGCUGAAGCAAUGAUUCGUAUUCAAGAUGCACUCUUGGCUGGCAAAGCUGCAGAGGCUCUUGUGCUUCUCCGAGCUGCACGGGAAGUAUGGCCUGAAGGUGACGUUUUUGGCUCUUCUGACCUGCAACUUGAGGAGGAGUCCGAGUUGCUGAAACAAAUACUGUUUGCGAAGUUACCGAGGCAGCCCACUGUGGAGGCUGAAGAAAUUGAUGACUUCCACGCUGAAGAAAUAGAAGAGGAGGAAACUGAAUCAGUGAGGAUUACAGAAAAUGAAUUUAAUUUUCUGGAUUACCUGAAGAGGUUUGCUAAUGUUGGUGUUGUGAAACCUUACAUUCUCCUUCUGAAGGACUACCGGCAGAACAGUCCUCACACGAAUCACUGCAUUGUCAAGAUGCUUUAUCGUCUAGCAUAUACUUUGAAAAUGGAUACUCUUCUUUAUCAGCUGUCAGUAUUCCACCUAUUCAAUCAAAUUCUGGAAGAUCCAGCAUCUAGCUCGUACCAAGAGCUGGUGAAGUUCUCCAAAUACGUCUUGAACCGAUUCUUUACUUUAGCUGCUGAGAACAGCAAAAUAUUUGUGGAGCUGCUGUUCUGGAAGAACAUUGCAACCAUUCGAGAAAUGACUGAAGGUUACAGGAAGGACGAGCAAAGUGAAGCAAACAAAAAGGCUCCAACCUGGUCGUCAGAGGAAGAGGAGGAACUUGAAACACUGUAUCUAAGAUUCAAAGAGGAACAAGGAGAUAAAGAUGUCAUCGACAGUAUCAUGGAAUGCAUUAAAGAUGAUACAAGGACCAGGAGGCAGAUUGCUGCCAAACUGGUUCAAAUGAACCUGGUGGAUAGUAUAAGAGAUUUAAAGCGUGUCAAGAAAGGAACUAAGAUUGUGCUUUGGAGAGAGGAACAGGAGAUGGAGCUUGAGACAUUGUUUGUGAAGUUCAGAGGAUCAGAUGAUAUCCUUGGCAAUAUCAUGAAAAACAUAACCACCAAGCGAUCCAGAGCCAGGAUUGUUGAUAAACUGAUCAGCAUGGGUCUCGUUUCUGACAGAAAAGAACUCUACAAGAAGCGAAGGAAAUUAACAAAAGGAGCAAAUCAGGAGGAAGAGGAAGACUUCCUAAAUGAUGUGGGCUAUGAUGCAGUUCAGGGGUUAUCUGAGGUAGAGGAUGAACUGGAUGAAGGUGAUAGCAGUGAUGAUGAGAGAGUGGAGCUGAUGAUUAAAUCCAGAUCAAGAUACACUGCAAAAGGAGAUGGACAAAAUAUGGGUGUGGAUGAGGCUGACCCAGCAAUCCUGAAUCUGUGCUCCAAACUUCAGCAACAAGGUCUGUCGGGCCCUCUUCUGUGGCUGCAGAACUGCCUUAACAGAACAGCAGACAAGCGAGAAGAUGCUGGAACCUCGAUUGCAGUCCCACUUGUCCCCUUAUCUGAAGAAAAUGAAGAUGCUAUGGAGCAUGAAGUGUUUCAGAAACUUCUGAAGAAAGUUGGAAUUCGGCCUCCUGCUGAUGAACAGGAAUCUUUCUGGCGUAUUUCUGCUCACCUGAAUGUUCAGCAGUUGCGCAGGAUUGCUUCGGUUAUCACCCUGCAUGAUGGUGAUGGAGAGGCAGUGGAACGAGAUGAAGAUGUUAGUGCAGAUCAGAGCUCUGAGGUCUGGCAAGCUCAGGUGGUGGCCAAGGAGAGGAAUGCCACUCCUGCUAAAGUUGGUGCUGAUGAAUCCGAAGGGAGGACCAACCAAGCUGAUGAUUCCUCCUCUGGAUCAGACAGUGACAUCAAAAGUGAUGAUGAGAAGACCAAACACAAACAUCCGCUAAAGCGAAGUCGCCUGCUCGAUAGUGAUGAUGAACUAGAUGAUGAGGUGAAGGAAUCUGUUGACACUGAGAUGGUGGAAGAGCCCAAGACUGACUCUGAAGUGUCUGACUCCGAGGUCACCCAUAGACUGAUUAAAAGGCGGCGGAGAGCAAUCGAAGAUGAUGACGAGGAUUAAUUGUAAUGAAUUUGGUUUUUGGAAAUGGUUUUGAACACUGGAUCGAAGAUUCAUUUUCGUGUUCAUCAAAUAUUACAAUUCUUCAUGCAAGUUUUGAAAGCAGUUCAUUCACUGGGUGAAACAGUAGAAUAUAUACUUUACAUACAGUAUUUUAAACCACCUGUGCUUGUACUCCCAUUUUAAAUUAUAUUUUACAAAGCCAAUAAAAAGUGAAGUAUUCAGAGAGUGAGAAACAAUGAUAGGAUUGUACAGCUUUCAUGAUCCAUAGGCACCUUGUGGAAAUGAAAAGAUAGAAUCUCUGGAGAAACCUUAUCAUUAUCCUGGCUUCUUGCUUGGGUGUAGGCUGACUCUGUAUCCAUUUCAAUUAAUGUGUAUGUAACCAACCAUAUGUAAUCCUUUGUGAAAUAUUUGUCAUGAACAGCAAUGAAACCUUGGAUUAGAGCAUAAGGCUUUCCUCAUUGCAGCAUUUAGCUUUGUGCUUAUCAUUAUUUGGUAGAGCGUUGGUUCCAUCUUAGUUUGUUUUAAACCUGACAUUUGGAAAUUUUCUACUUUGUUUAUGGCCUGAAAUUAAUUACAAUUUAUGUGGGUUGCUUGAAUAUUUUAAAUUUGACAGAUUUACCUUGAAUAAUGUCUAUGCAUCACUCUUCUGCACAUAUUGAAUAGCUGAAUUAAUUAAUAAUUAGGGCAGACUCAUUGGAGAUUUGUCCAUUUUAUAUCAUGUGCAAGGUGAUUUCUGCUAUACAUUUUAGCUUAUCAAAGCCUAUUCCUUCAUGUCACAUGUUUCCAUUGAAAUCCAAAUCUCUGAUAUCCUCACUCUUAUCAUUAUAGCAUCUUGCUGUGCCCAUUGCUUCUCCCUCUCCUAUACUGCCCACAAAAUUACUCCACACCUUUCAAAAGUUUGAUCGAAGGAGUUUGUUUUGAUAUUAAAUGGUGUUAGUAUUUUGUACACUACUGUGCCAAAUACUUCAGUUCUGUUUUUCAUUUACCAGAGUGGAAUUUCCUGUGCUUCCAUAUUGAAGCUUGACACUUUCAAAAGAGAGGAAGAUUUAUCUCAAGGAAGUUUCAGUGCUGGAGAAGUUGGAUAUUAAUUUCCUGUUGGCUGUAAUUGGCAGAUUAUAGUAAAAUAUUGGAACUGCCCAGUGUACCUCGCUAGAAUAUUACCUUUAGGUUGGAUAAGUCCUGCAAUUCAGCCUGUAAUGAAUUCCCCAGGUGUUCCCUGUGUUUGGGGGAAAAUAACUGCCUAGCAAUCCUUCGUAUAAAAGAGUUACUGGACAAAUUAAAUGCUGAAAUGGGGGAAAUCCAUGAUCUUUUUGUGGAUGAAUAGAUUAGCUAGCUUACUUUACUCGGUUGUCAUUAACUUGUGAUCUGAAAGUCCUAAGACUGUAGUCUCCUAGUGAUUAAAGAGAUACUUUGAUCAAACCUUGCAUGAAGAAUAACUUGUAAGGUGGAAGUUGGAUUAUUCCACGAGCAUGACGCUUUGUUUUCACAUUGAACUGUGCUAUUCAAAGAAACUAGACAUCUUUGUAUUUGAUUUGUGAAUACAAGUGAUUUUUUACAGCAUAAUCCAAAAAUAAAUAUAAAAUGUGUUGCAACAUAAUUAUAUUUUCAACUUAAAAUUAAAAUUUGUAAUAGGUACUAUUUCCUAUUUAUGCAGUAGAGUUUUCAUUUUCAUCUUUUCUCGUUUGGCGUGAGAGUUGAAAGAAGUGUGGCUCUUUAUUAGGGUGAAUGGUCUUAAGAUUGUAUGGUAUUAAAAAUCUGGUCUAAUGUUGGUGAGUUUGCAAUUCCAAGGUGUUUCAGUAUUUGAACUAUGAAACUUCUGAAAUUGCUUUAGUUUUAAGCGUCAAACUGGUGCAAGUGAGCAAAAUGUGCUCACUUAACUCUACUUCUUUGAGUCACUUGUAGCAAUCUUGUAUAUGCCUAGCUAAAUGUCCUAGAGUGAAAGAUUGAGCUUAAAUUGGUUUCUGCUAAUGUAAUGAUUGAUCUGUGAGGUAUGUUCCAUUUACAAAAUAAGGUCUACUAGCAUAUAUGUAGUGGUGUGAAAGUUCAGACUGAAGCUCUUUCACAGUAUUAUACUUGUGUCUAAUUCACUUGCACAAUACAUUUAACAUUGUCAGACAACUCAGUGAGCUCAGAUAUAACACCACACACAAACUGACACUGAGAGCAAUGUCUUAAAGGAGGUGGAUGGAGGGAUGCAGUGUACAUUUUAAGGGUAUCACCAAUGUUCCUUUCAACUAUUCCUCCCAAAUCUUAAUGCUGAACACAUUCUAGAAUAUAGGCUAAAUACCAUUACUGACACAUUUGCAGAUGCAUACUAGUUAAAUAAAUUCCCUGUUAUUAUAUUAGUGUCAUACAGAGUUCAGGCCAUGGCCUCCUGUGUUAGCCAGCAAUGUAAUCAACCUCAGUGUGCCUAGGCUAGGAAGUGGAGAGUGUGAGAGAGAAUCAGCCAGUUGCUCACAAUCCAGUAUGUCUUGCUGAGGGAAAGAUGGCUGCUGCCAGGGUGCUGGCCUGGCCUGUUAAUAAAAUCAGAGGAGGUAUCUCAGCUGGAUACUAUGGUUGGACUCUAAUCUCCUGAAAAGUAUGCAGGUAGUUUGGUUAAGUGAAGGCAAUGUUUGAUUUGGUUAUGAUGAUUACUACAGCCUAAUAGUCCACUGACAUGAAGCCCAGUUUGGUGAACAAAUGCCACCAUUUUCCAAUCUGAAUUAGUGCAGUAAGGGAAUAAAGUGGAGGAGACAAAUAAAAUUCUAAAAUUACAGGCAUGUGUAAAAUCUGUUUGAGCUGCAAUUCAGGAAGGACCUUUGUAUGUGUAAUGUUUCAGGAACAUUACCUGAAUUUGAUUUUCACUGUUAGAGGAGCGGAUAAUUUUGGCCAAAUCUGUCAAAAAUCAGUUCCCAACUAUCAGAAACAGAAAUAAAAACAU